AUGAAGAAGCUGAACCACUCGAACAUCAUUCGCUGCUACGGCUACUUCUGGGACUUUCCCUCACAAUCGCUCUACAUCGUAUUGGAGUAUGCGAACCGUGGGGAUCUUCAUUGGGAGCUGCAGAAGCGGAAGCGAUUGGGGAAGCCUUUUGGGGACGAGGAGGUCUGGGACAUUUUGGCGCAGGUGCUAAUGGGCUUGUGCCACAUCCACGCUCGAGGCAUCGUGCAUCGAGACAUCAAGGCCAUGAACCUCUUCCUGACGAGCGAUGGUGUGAUUAAGCUGGGCGACUUCGGCGUUUCACGGCAGAUGUCCGAGAAAACGCUGUGUUUGCAGUCCUUCUACGGGACGCCCCUCUAUUUCUCUCCCGAGAUGAUCGAAGGCUAG